CAACGAGUGAUUGGAUGAAUCAACGAUUGUUUCCCGCCUUUUCAGCCGUUGGAAUCGUUUGCGCAACGAUGACCGCUGUUGUUCGCCGGUCUCCCGUACUCGAAUAUGCAGCCAAUGUGCCAAUGUUUUUGCAAGUGUUUAGUAGUCAUAAUAAAGCAUGUUAUACUUUGGAUUUGCCGUAUAAAAAUACUGUCUGAGAGUUCCUCAGGGUACCCUGGAGUUCCUUUUCACUUUUCCUUCGGGGAAGAUAAUUCUUUGACUUGUUUAUCAGGUGACAGAUGCAAAAGGUAGAAAAGAGGAUUAAGAUAAUCGAAGAUUAUUUUCAGCCGUCGUCCAAGAUCUAAGUACGUACGAGAUUCAGCAGUAAAUGAGUUUUCCGGGACAUUAAAUUAUCGAAAUCAAUUCUACUUCUGUUGACAACCUAAGCUUAAGUAGGUGUGUUUUGUGAUGACUAUUGUGGAGCGCGACGACGUGCAGUUCUAGACAUCAUGAAAUUUGCUUACAUUCUAGUUCUGGUUUUCGUGUGCGAAGUUCAGGCCCAAUCAUAUGAGGAUGUGCGGUGUAAAUGUGUCUGUCCUAAUCCAUCGGUUGUCAAUGUAACUCAGUCUAAUAGAAAGCUUUAUAUAGACAAUGUACCUCCUAACAAAUGUACAUGUGAUAAUGUGAUUUUACCGCAAGUUGGUGAUGAAAUCAAAGGAAAAGAACAAGAAUUUUGCCCCAGAUGUGAAUGUAAAUAUGAAAGUAGAAAUACAUCUAUCAUUAAGUAUGUUGUCAUCAUUGUUAUAUGGAUCAUUUCAUUAUUGGUCAUCUAUAUGCUGUUCCUUAUUUGCUUGGAUCCGCUCUUAAAUAAACGAAUGAAAGGAAAUUAUCAGGAACAUACUAAUGAAGAGGAAGAAGCGGGUGGAUCUUCCAGUACAGGAGCAUCUGCUGGUACAAGUUCUCAUCCCAUGGGUGUUAGAGCAAAUGUGUUGAAUCGUGUAGGUCAUCAACAGGAUAAAUGGAAGCGGCAAGUGAGGGAGCAGAGACGUAACAUCUAUGAUCGUCAUACCAUGUUGAACUAGUCACUUGUCUUUGUAUCAUGUUUCUGUACCUCUGCAGAUAAAUGUGACUUACUGAUUUUCUUUGUGUGUUUGUAAUUUUGUAAAUGUGGAAUUAUUACUGUACUUAGGUUUCAAGAACAACUUUAUGUAUAUAUUGUGUUAUUUUGCCUUAAAUAUUGUUGGUAUUUACUCCAAAUAUUCAAAUGAAUCUGAUCAUCCUUUUUCUGACUAAAUAUUCCCAAAAUUAUUUGAAACUGAUAUUCUAAUUCUUUGUUCACAGUAAUUGGUAAUUUAGGAUUACAGAUGUAUAUAUUUUAUUGAUAUUUAUUUGUGAUUGUUUCAUAUAUUUUACUUUGCGAUAAUUCUAUUUGUAAUAUCAAGUAUCGAGUGGGGUUUAUAAACUUAAGAUGUCACAAGAAUCUUCAGGCAGCCUAAUGGCAUAUGUUGUAUAUAUAAUGAGAAAUAUGAUUCUCUCAAAAGGAAUAGGAUUCUUUCAAACGGUUCAAAUAAUUUUGAACAGUUAAUAUAUAAUGAAUAAUAAAUUUAAUACAAUGAAGUAACUUUAUUCCUAUGUUUCUCUUUUAUUACAUCAAUACACUUCAUCAAAAUACUUCUUUCAUGAUUAUUUGUGUUUUAGGUAACUGAUGCAUAUUUUUAUUGUUUUUGUAUCUUAAAGUUCAUUACAUGUAAAUGAUAAAACACUGCAUCUGGUUCUACUCUUUCUAUCUCUAUUUCUAAUAAUUAAUAAAGAAUAAAAAUUGAUGUUGCAAAAUACCAAGUGGGGUACAAAUGUACCUCCAUUGCUUGUUUCUAAGUAGAAAACAUGCAACACCUUAAAGAUAUUACUGUCCUUAAGACAAUUGUCGAUGAAGUAUUUCAGGCAGGGAAUGAAAUUUCAAAAUCACAGAAUAAGCGAAACGUACGAAAGUGAACUAGGGCUGCUUCAGAAUGGCACAGACUUUCCGAUAUUAGUUUUCUACUUUUUUGGUCUUGGUUAGCUAUUUGGACUUGAUACAUACUCUUGCCAGCUGCCAUCUAUCGCUGCCCAAAGUACAUUCUUUUGAAAUUUUCUUACUUGUUCGAUUUCUUAAUUGUAGAACAGAAGAAUUAUUUUAAGAAUAUUAAAGAACAGUAAAACCCUGUCAUAAAUGGCAAUUUCCUUUGAAAAAUUUGGAGCCACGAUUAAUAAAAUGAUGUUUUAGUGCUACUAUAAAUGAGAAAUUUAAAGCUCUUUUCCCAGAAAAUUUUUGAGUUUUCGAAAGACUUCAUUAGAAGCACGUAAACUCAAUAGUGCUGAAAUUGCACAUAUUUACUGCAUGAGAGAUCAUUAAAAAAAAUUAAAUUUGGGUAAUUUUUGAAAGAUUCCCUUAAAUUCACAUUGUUAUAUUAAAAGGUGCAAUUAUCACUGUGUGUUUGAAAAGUUUCAAGAAAGAACUUAUUGUAAUUUUUGAGAAAAUGGUGUUUGAGCAUCCCUGAAAAUUAAUUUUGGGCCAUUUUCAUAGAAAACGGUUGAGUUGUCGAGGAACUGUAUGUAACAUUAUUUAAAUCCCAUGUUCUUAUAAAAAAUAAUGUGAACAAAUCGCAGCUAAUGUAAAUGUUAUUGGUGUGAGAUACAAGUCAAUA